UGCCGGGACGGAAUUAUUGAAAGCGUAAAUUCAUUUUCCAUUCUCUUUUAAAAAUUGAAAAUUGAAUGUUGAUUGAAAAUAUUAAAAACAACAGUGCAGUGAUUACUUUGAUAGAGUGAGGAGUACUAACAAAAAAAUUUUUUUUUGAAGCAAAGUGCUACUUCGCUUUGCCAACAAUAAAAAUUUACAAGACACAAAGUUUUUUGUUUUCUUUUUUGUUUAACGUGUCGCGCAAAAUACAAAAGUCGGUAUCCCUUUGCUGCUAAUUUAUUGAAAAAGAAGAAAACGUAAAAAUAUUAAAAAAAUUGUCAAUUUUAUUUUUUAUACAAAUUUUUAUAGCAUAUAAAUUGAAAAAGAAAAUAGUUGUUGUACCACCUAUGUAACCAAAUUUAUUUGUAUAUUUAAAAUUAAAGAAAAAUUCAAAAAGAAAAAAAGCAUUUUCUCAAAAUUAAAAGACAAGUGGUUUGUAGUGUAAAAACAAAAAAGUAGCUUCGUUAAGUCUUUAAAAAAAUAAAAAAAAAAUUCAAUCAUAAAAAACAAAUCGUUUAAAAUUUAAAAAAAGGUUUCUACAGAAAAAAAGUCUUCUUAAGUUUGGAAAAAAAUGGCAGCAAACAGAAUGAAAACAUUGUCGACUGAACAAAAGGCAGAAAUUCGAGAAAAAUUUGAUGAAAUUGAUAAAAAUAAUGAUGGAUAUAUAGAACUGAAAGAGCUCAAAGAAGCCUUGGAUGAAGUAGGUUUCAAAUUACCUGGCUAUCAAGUACGUGAAAUGAUUGAAGAAUUUACAAAUAAAUCACGAACAACAAACCAAGGCAAAUUAUCAUAUGAGGAAUUUGAAAAUUUAUGUUUAGAUUUAAAAUCAAAAGAUGUCGCUAGUACAUUUAAAACAGUCGUAUCGAAAAAAGAAAAUUUAGAAACAUUGGGUGGUAUGUCCAGUAUAUCAUCUGAGGGUACAACACAUUCCGUACGUUUAGAAGAACAACUAGCAUUUUCCGAUUGGAUUAAUUCAAAUUUAGGUGCCGAUCCUGAUUUAAAACAUUUAUUGCCAAUUGAUGCAGAGGGUAAAUUUUUAUAUCAAAAAAUUAAAGAUGGUAUAUUAUUAUGUAAAAUAAUCAAUCAUUCAUGCCCGGAUACAAUUGAUGAACGUGCUAUAAAUAAGAAAAAUUUAACUGUUUAUACUGAAUUUGAAAAUUUAACCUUAGCUCUAGUAUCAUCGCAAGCAAUUGGUUGUAAUAUUGUUAAUAUAGAUGCCCAUGAUUUGGCUAAAGGGAAACCACAUUUAGUACUGGGUUUGUUAUGGCAAAUAAUUCGGAUCGGUUUAUUUAGUCAUAUUACAUUGGAUAGUUGUCCAGGAUUAGCUGGUUUAUUAUUUGAUGGUGAAAGAUUAGAAGAUUUAAUGAAAUUAUCUCCGGAAGCGAUUUUGUUGAGAUGGGUUAACCAUCAUUUGGAAAGAGCUGGCAUAUCAAAGCGAUGUACAAACUUUCAAAACGAUAUUGUUGAUUCGGAAAUUUAUUCACAUUUAUUAAAACAAAUUGCUCCAAAUGAAGCUGGUGUAACAAUGGAAGCGAUGAGAGAAUCAGAUUUAGCAGCUCGUGCGGAAAUUAUGUUGCAACAGGCAGCAAAAUUAAAUUGUAGAAGUUUCUUAACACCGCAAGAUGUGGUAAACGGGGUUUAUAAAUUAAAUUUAGCUUUUGUUGCCAAUUUAUUUAACAAUCAUCCAGGCCUUGAUAAACCUGAACAAAUUGAUGGUUUUGAAACAAUUGAAGAAACCAGAGAAGAAAAGACGUAUCGAAAUUGGAUGAACUCUAUGGGUGUUGCACCACAUGUCAAUUGGUUAUAUUCAGAUUUAGCAGAUGGUCUUGUAAUAUUCCAGCUUUUCGAUAUAAUUAAACCUGGCAUCGUUAAUUGGAAUAGAGUGCACAAGAGAUUUACACCUUUAAGAAAAUUCAUGGAGAAAUUGGAAAAUUGUAAUUAUGCUGUUGAAUUGGGUAAACAAUUGAGGUUUUCAUUAGUUGGAAUAGCCGGACAGGAUUUGAGUGAAGGAAAUGCCACGUUGACACUUGCUUUGAUUUGGCAAUUAAUGAGAGCAUAUACGUUAUCAAUUUUAACAAGAUUAUGCAAUACUGGAAAUCCAAUUAUCGAAAAGGAAAUUGUUCAAUGGGUUAAUAACAAAUUAGCAUCAGCUGGUAAAACGACAAGUUUAAAAAGUUUUCAAGAUCCCGCAAUUGCUGAUGCUAAAGUUGUUAUUGAUUUAAUCGAUGCAAUAAAACAAGGUAGCAUUAAUUACGAAUUAGUUCGACAAGGCGGUACUGAAGAAGACAAUUUGGCUAAUGCAAAAUAUGCUAUUUCAAUGGCGAGAAAAAUUGGUGCACGUGUUUAUGCUUUACCCGAGGAUAUCACUGAAGUUAAACCUAAAAUGGUAAUGACCGUGUUUGCUUGUCUAAUGGCGAUGGAUUAUAUUCCUAAUAUGGAUAGUGUACAAAACAAUGAUGUCAAUAAUCUUAACAGCAAUUAAAACCGUAAAUUAAUAUUAUAAAGUGCUUAUUGGCGAUAAUUUUUGUAAGAAUUUAAUAAUAAGUAAGAUAUAAAGGAUAUUAAGUAUAAAAAAGCGUAUGUAGUAUAUAAAUUAAAAAAAAAUCUGUUUUUUUUUUUUUGUUGAAUCACGCUAAGUCAAUCAAAUAUUUAUGCAUGCAUUAUAUUUUUUAAUUUACUUGUUGCAGCCUUGUAUUAUUAGCGGAUGUGGCAAAAUGACGAAAAAAUUAUGAAAAAUAGAAUGAAUAAAUAUUUUAAAACAAAAAAGCAUUGAAUUUAAGUAAUUAUUAGAAAUAAUAUAAAAUUUAUUCGUAACUUAAUAUUAAACAAACGGAAUGAUAUUUUUGUACGGCAAAAAAAAAAAAAUACUAAUCAACAGACGGCAUUAUUAAAAAAUCAAUAAAAAAUAUAAAACAUAAGAUUGUUUGCUAACUACAUAAUUACAAUAAUUGCUUUAAAUAUUUGUCUUCAUUUCAUUAAAUCAAAACUUUAUAUUAAACUUCAUUAAUUGUAUAUACCAAGCAGGAAUUGGUAAAAAGAAAUUGAUUAUAAAUAAAUAAAUAAAUAUAAUUAUUAAACUAAUAGUUUUGAAUACAUUUACUACACUUGUAAUACAUGCUAUAAAUCUUGUACAAAUUUCUUAAACAAAUUAUGAUUUAAAAUUAAAAUGUAUAUGUUUUUCUUACAUUUCAAAAAAGUAUUUUUAAUAUUUAAAAAGAAUUUUACAAAAUGAUUCUGUAAUUUCUCAAAACAUUUCCUUUGAUUCGAAAAAGACACUAUUUUUGGUAAUAUGUAAUCGCGCUCAACAUACCCAUUUCAUCAAGGUGUAAAAAAUAAUUUUUUAGAAAAGAAAAUCAGUUUUCUUCAUUUUAAAUUUUUUUUUUUUUUCAAAUUUAAUUCAAUUUUUAAAUAAUUAUUUAUGUAAGUCUUCAUUCUGGAUACAAUGUUCUUUAGUUUUACCAAAAUGUGAAUAAAUUUUUAUAUAUUUUAUUAUUAUAAUAUUGAACUAUGAAAAAAAUAAAAUAUUUGUAUUAUAAAUAUCAGCAACAUAAUGUAUUGGAAAAAUAAAAAUUCAAUUUUAGAUGAUUGUAAUAUGUUCAGAGAUGUUAUAGAAAAAAUAAUUUAUUUAUUUAACAAUAAAUAAUUGAGCAUUAUCUAUCCCUAUUUUAAUUCAGAUUUUUCCAGCUUCCAGAAAAAUAUUAAUAUGCUGAAAUUUGCAAGUUUUGGUUUUCAAGUAUUUAUUUAAUUUUAUAUAUUUAUUUAUCAAAAUAAAAAAAAAAAUCAUUUAAAAAGAUUAUAGUGAUCUAUAUAGAGCGAUGUAAAAAGUGAACUGCCCCUUUAUCAUUUCAUUUUUAUUAAGCAUUCAGUUUCUUUUAUAAAACUUGCAUAACUUAAUUCUUUCCAUGUAAUUUUUACUAUGUACGUUAAUUUGGAUAAACAUACAUAUAUUUAGUAAUUUACAAAAAAAAAAACAUAUAAUAAUGUAUAAAAGUUUAAUGUGUGCAAUUUCAACUUGAUCCAAUGUAUAAAAAUUAGGUUUUUAAAAAACACAUACAUAAAGGGUUUUUAUAAUUAAUUAAUUAAUGUGAAAAUAAUAUAUAAAAGUAUUUUAUAAAAUUAUAAUAUUCAACGAAUUAUGUAAAUUAAAAAUGUUUAAAAUUUUGUAUAGUUACAUUUUCUCUUUGAAACGAAGUUUUUAUACGAAAUAUUUCAGUUUUUGUAGAACUAUA